GCGAGGGCGGUGCGGAGGGGCUGCGCCGUGCUGCGCGCCCAGCGACACUCGCCGCGUCCCGCGGGGCUGGAGAUGCUGGCGCGCGCGGCGGCGGCGGCGGGGGCGCGGGUCGCCCCGGCCGCGGAGACCUUCGCCGACGACGUGCUGCGCCUGUUCGGGGCCAACCACAGCCUGUCGGCCGGGCAGCUCGCCGGGCUGCUGCACCGGCUGGGCGCCGCGCCGGCCCUGGGCGCGGUGCUGCCGCUGGCCCACCUGCACCACAACCAGUGCUUGACCGGUGAGGAAAUUUUUUCUUUGCAUGGGAUACCCAACAACAGUCACAUAUCAAAUUCAAGCUUCUCUACAAUAUGUCCUGCUGUUUUGCAACAGCUGAUUUUUCACCCGUGUGAUCAUUGGGAGAACUUUCUGGAUACGUCUAAACCACAUUCUUUACAAGUUUGGGGAUUUGGGUUCCUGGCUGUGACUAUCAUUAACUUGGCAUCACUUCUGGGAUUGAUUUUAACUCCUCUCUUAAGGAAGUCGUAUUUCCCCAAGGUUUUAACCUACUUUGUGGGCUUGGCCAUUGGUACUCUCUUUUCUAAUGCAAUUUUCCAGCUCAUUCCAGAGGCAUUUGGGUUUGACCCAAAAGUAGACAACUAUAUUGAGAAAGCAGUUGCUGUGUUUGGUGGAUUCUAUAUUCUCUUCUUUGUGGAAAGGAUUCUUAAAGUGAUAUUGAAGAUCUAUAACCAGACUGGCCAUAUUGACUCUGAAAAUGGCGAACAGAAUUGUUCUCCGGAUAAGACUAACCCACCCAAACCACUAUCAUCCAGCAAUGGAGGGACGUGUUAUGCAAAUUCAGCUGUCAUAGAGAGCAAUGGAAAUCUUGGUUUUGACAGCAUCAGUGUGGUCUCAGCACAGGAAGAAGCCACCCAAGGCAGCUUAUGCAAGUGUCUUAAUGGGCGCCCACUGUCAAAGAUUGGGACCAUUGCUUGGAUGGUGACACUGAGUGAUGCCGUACACAAUUUCAUAGACGGUUUGGCUAUUGGUGCUUCUUUCACUUUGUCUCUGCUUCAAGGGCUUAGUACUUCCAUAGCCAUCUUGUGUGAAGAGUUUCCUCAUGAACUGGGGGAUUUUGUCAUCUUGCUUAAUGCAGGAAUGAGUACUCGGCAGGCUCUGUUUUUCAACUUUAUGUCUGCAUGUUCCUGUUACGUUGGGAUGGCUUUUGGUAUAUUAGUAGGCAACAACUUUGCUCCUAACAUCAUCUUUGCUGUAGCCGGUGGAAUGUUCCUGUACAUCUCUCUGGCAGAUAUGUUCCCAGAGAUGAAUGAUAUGCUGCGAGAGAAAGUGACAGGAAGAAAGAUGGAUCUCACAUUCUUCCUUAUUCAGAAUGCUGGUUUACUAACGGGGUUUACUGCUAUACUGUUGAUUACCUUGUAUGCAGGAAAUAUUCAGCUGUGAUAAUGCAAGUGAAAAUGCAGUCAGUACUGAAGACAUCAAGUAAAUUACAAAUGGAAGACACUUGAAAUCCAUGAAGGGACAUUCAUUUAAUCUACUUGGUUUUGAAACGGUGACAAGUCCCGUCCUGUCCCCCUUGCUCCAAAUAUAGGAAAUUCUUCUUUAGGACUUGCAGUCAAUCCAAAUAGUAGGAGCUGUCAGCUUCUGUACUAUGCCAAAGAACCGAUACUAGUAUUUUUAUUUCUACUUAAAAUUAUGAGACAUACCUGAACUGUCAGAGAAAGGAUGUUACUUGGCCAGUAGAAUUAUGCAAUACAUGCAACUCAAGACCAAAUGAAAGCUGAGGUCUUCAAGGAAGAUGCUUAUUUUAAAAAAAAUACUGGAGUCUCGUAUCCUUUUUUAACUGUGAUGAAGGCAAGCAGUUUCAAAACUGGUUAAUUUUCAUGAUUUUUGUUUCAGGAUUUGUCUGUGUAACACCCCCUUCUCCCACCAAAAAAAAAAAAAAAUCAAACUAUUUCAGAGUAGGUACUAAUGAAGCUAAGAUUUUUAAUUACUAAUUAACACUGGAAGGAAAGAUACCAGUUACUGCUUUUGAUCUUUUUUUCUUUAUAAGUGCACUAGGGAUUGUUGAUUUAUUUUGAGAACCGCUUUUUUUAAUUAGAGGGAACCUGUGUUAAAUUUGUGACAAUUUAUCAACUCCAUAAUAUUUUAGAAGCAUUGAGUAUUUUAAAAAUGUUCAAGCAUUUUGUACUUUAUGAAAAUAAAAGUGUUUUAUAUUUAAGUUCCACAAAUAUCCCUUUUAAAAAUCAGUAUUUUGGGUUAAAAUUUUUAAAGAUUUAUUUUUAGUUUUACAAAGUGGAAUUUAGAAAAAACUUGCUAAAGUCAACAUUCCAGUAAGCUUUUUUGUAAUUUGAAUAAUUUUCUUGUGUGCAGUUGGGUGAAAGUAAGUGAUACUAAAAUAUACAAACUCUUAUCACAGUCUGUUGCAUGUGAACUUUCUAAAAUCAUGCUUAUAUGUAUGAGUUGUUCUGAAAUAAACAAUUCAGCUACUCUGGUGUUGUAAGAUGUGUGCAAGGAAAUUAAUAAAAAAAUAUAUUCCAUUUCAGUCACCA